AAGUUGGCUGCCUUUCUUGUCAUACAGUCGUGUCGUUUCCAUUCCAUUCCAUUGUAGUUUGUACCUUGCCUUGUUAUUGUAGAUUGUUGUAGUUGUAGUCAUCAUUUGUGUAGUCGUUGUUGAUAAUUUGGUGCUGUAUGCGGUGUUUGCAAAAUAACCUAUUCAUUUGUACCUCAUUUAUGAAGUAACCAUUUUGACGUGGCGAUACACUAUCUCUCUUUUGUUAGGUUUCAAAGUAUUUUUCCUCUGAUUGAUAUAAUUUCCGUGAUAGGAUCAGAACUGCCACAAUCAUGGGGCUAACAAUUUCAAGUGUUCUCACACGACUGUUUGGCAAGAAACAAAUGCGCAUACUUAUGGUUGGACUAGAUUCCGCCGGAAAAACUACAAUUUUGUACAAGCUAAAACUGGGCGAAAUAGUGACAACCAUUCCAACAAUAGGAUUCAAUGUGGAAACAGUCGAAUACAAGAACAUAUGCUUCACUGUUUGGGAUGUCGGUGGUCAAAACAAAAUCAGACCACUGUGGCGUCACUACUUCCAAAAUACCCAAGGACUGAUUUUCGUUGUCGACUCAAGCGAUAGGGAGAGAAUGGACGAAGCUGCUAAAGAGUUGCAGUACAUGAUGCAAGAAGAUGAACUUAGAGAUGCAGUCGUACUGAUCUUUGCGAAUAAACAGGAUCUCCCGAACGCUAUGACAACGUCGGAACUAACCGACAAACUAGGACUGAAUCAGAUUAGGAAUAAUAAUUGGUACAUCCAAGCAACAUGUGCGACCCAAGGCAAUGGGCUGUAUGAAGGACUCGACUGGCUGUCCAACGAAUUGGCCAAAUAAUUCGUUCCUGUCUUCACUUUAUUUACUGUCAUUUCGUGUUUUUGUUUCAUUCAAUUUCUUCUCUGAUAUGUUUAUAUUUCCAAAGUUUAAUCGGUGUUUAAUCGGUGUUUACUAGUUGUAAGCCCUUGUUUAUUGAGUUGAAAUAUUUCUUUUAUGUAAUAUUUAUCAUGUUAUUAAUAAUGCUGCUAUAAUUUAAGAAUAUCCUCAGUCAAAAGUCAGCAGCAGAUUGUUGGAUCACGUUUAACUUACUGAUAGUAACUUCAUAUACUUCUUGAUGUAUUGCUAAAUGUAAACAUUUUUCUCGGCAUAUUGCCUUGUUGAUUCGAUGUUACUUCUGUGAUUAGAUUAUAGAUUACUAAAUUUGUGUUUAAAGAUGUCUCCAAUCAAAAUUUGAAAUUUAUUCAAACAUGUUAACAAAAACCCUGUUUUAUAAUGUUAACGAUUCUUAGUCCUCUUGUAAAUAAUUGGAUUCCUUUCUUCUAUUAUUCAAAAGCUUUAUAUGGAUAAAUUCUCGAUAUAUCUAUUUAUAAAUAUUAUUUAGGCUUGAUGUUAGUUAUGUGCGUAAAUCUUGGUUUAUAAACCAAGCUUUCAGUAAUUGGAAGUUUUGUAAUUUCCACGUAAUUGAUCAAUGCAUAUCAUAAUCUUGAUCAUUCACCCUAUUAAAAUCAACAGUUUGUUUCUCUUUUUUAAUUCCAUCUCAACUAACUUUAAAUUCAAUAUGCUGUUCAAAUAAAUUAAGAGUAUUGUAUAAUGAUUGUAGCUUUGGUCAUUUCAUGGUGAUUAUCUAUUCCAAUUUGUCUAACGUUCUGGCUAAUUUUGUGUUUUUGUUCUGGUAGAAACUAGGAACUCCGCUCUCCAAUGAAAAAAAGGUUAUCCCAUUUUGUGUUCUCAAGUUUAAUAUACUUUAUUUUCAAUAAUUAUUCAUGUUUUCGUUCUGGUAGAGAGUCAGUUCUCCAUUGAAAAUGAAAUUAUUCCAUUUCUGUGUUUCCAAUUUCAUUCAUAAUACUGUAUGUUCAAUGAUUAAUUAAUUGUGAACGUUGAUACAAUGUGUAAAAAUAAAUAAAACCUUAUUAAGAUA